ACCCAGGACUAGGCUUGCAAGAUGUCAGAUUUUCUGAUUUGAUCCCAGGGUCAAAGCAUCAAGGUUUCCAACAUAUGCAGAUGACACCAGGAGCUCAGCCUGAAGAUAUAAAGUCUCUAGGUUUUGUGCCGGAGUCAUCUUUGCAGUUAAGCCAAGGGCCAUACGUUGAAGACAUGAAAUCUGUUCUGUCUCCUGAAGAAUCACAGUUUCACAGUAUGAAAUCUGCAAAAUCAACCUUAGAACUACCAUCUCAAAGUGUAAAAUCUGAGGAAGUAAACUUAGGGCCUUGGCAGCAAUAUCUCAGAUUUUCUGAAUUGACUUCAAAGCCAAAGCUGCAAGGUAUCAAAUUUGGGGAUCAAACUCCAGGAUCAGCGUUUCAUAGUGUGAAUUCUGUAGAGGUGGUCCCAGAGUUAGGGCUGCAAGAUUCCAAACUAGCAAAGAUGUCUCAAGGAACUCAAAGUAUGAAACAGGAAGGGCUUAACCCAGAGCUGCAGCUACAAGAUAUCAACAUUUUUGAUUUAGUACCAGGAACUCAACCUCAGGGUGUGAAAUCUUUAGAGUUAAACUCAGGGCCACAGCUACAAUGUGUACAAUUUUUAGAGUUGACCCCAGGGACAGAGAUGCAAGGGGUACCGCCUAUGGCAAUGGCUCCAGGGCCAGAGGGGCAAGGGGUUAAGCCUGAGUUGUUAGUACCAGAGCCACUGUUUCAAGAUGUAAAAUAUGCAGUAGGCAAUCAAGUGCCAAGCCUUGAAGUUGAAGUUUCCAGUAAAUUAGUCUCAGAGCCACAAAUGCCAGGUGCAGAAUCCAUGGAGUUGACUCUGGGGCCACAGUUGCUCAGUGUAAAUCAUUCUGAGUUGACCAGAAAACCACAGUUACAAGGUAUGAUAUCUUCUGGAUUGAUACAAGGACCGGAGCUCCAAGAUGUAAAUCCUGUGGAGGAGAGCCCAGUCUUAAAACUUCAAGGUUUCAGAUCUGAAAAGCUAACCCCAGAGCCACAGCUAGAAGAUAUGAAAUCUGUGGACUUAAUCCCAGGGCCGCAUUUGGGAGAUAUGAAAACUAGGCAGUUAACACCAGAGCCAGAAUUGGAAGAUGUCAAAUCUGUGAUGUUAACCCCAGAGCCACAGGCAGGAGGUGUAAAACUUGAGGAGGUAACCCCAGGCUCAAAGCUCCAGUCUGAGUUGCUGACCUCAGGGUCACAAUUAGCGGAUAUGAAAUCUGUGACCUUAACUCCAGGACCAUGCCUGGAAGGGAUGAAAUCUAUGGAAAUAUCUCCAAGUCCACAGCUGGAAGGUGGGAAAUCUGUGGCGAUAACCUUAGGGUCACAGAGAGAAGAUGUCAGAGCUGUGGAAUUCAUCCCUAAUUCAGAGCUUCAAGGUGUAAAGUCUGUGGAGUUGACUCCAGGCUCAAGAAUUCAAGAUUUUAAAACUGAGGAGUUGGUCCCAGGUACACAGCUGCAAGAUAUGAAAGCUGCAAAAUUAAAAUUUGGGCUAAAGAUGCCAGGUGAGAAGUCUAUGGCUUUUGCACCAUAGCCAUUGCUUCAAGGGGUUAAAUCUAUG